CAUUCACGGCUGUGGCUGUCAAUCACCGGGUUCAGGCCGGUGAUUACCUGCCCAUGCCCGGUGAUUACUGAGCAUCUCCCACGGAAAGGAGGACUGCUUUGUUUACUAACAAUCAUCCUCCCUGUCGGCUCGGGCACACUGCUCUGGAUGACUAGCAGUGUGCUUUUCAGUGAAGCACCAACACACCGCCCCCCAGUAAAACACUCCCAACACACAAUUAACCCUUUGAUCACUCCUCAUGUUAACCCCUUCCUGCUCAGUGCCAUUAGUACAGUGUCAGUGCUUUUUUAGCAAUGAUCACUGUAUUGGUGUCACUGGGGAUGUCAGGGACACCAAGUCAUUCCCCCCAGUGUCAGAAUACCCAAUGCAGUCCCGCUAUAAGUCGCUG